GAGUCGUCUCGUACAUGUACCUUGUGAGUUCGGGUCGAACUCUUGACUGCCACAUGCAGCUGACUAGAUAACACGACAAAUUCUCUUCCCUACUCACCGCCAGCUUUGAGCCUGUUGACGCUCAUCUGGCGUUAACUUAUUAUCAGCGCAGACCAGGACCGCAACGUGGGAAGCAGCAGCUGGAGGCUGCAUGGGAGCUCUUCCUCUACAUCUCGUCCUCGCGAACACCGGAUCCGUUCGUCGGGGAUUACUUCUUGACGAGACGCAUUUCAGCGUGAUCAUCGAGCAGGGCGCGUCCCUCAACAGCGAACAGACUCGUGCGCGCCGCGACGCAGUUGAAGGAAACCGACCGCGUGCCGGAGGCGAUCAUGCUGUACAACCUCGCGGGCGACUGCGCGACCAUUAGCGCGUGCUUCAUGCAGGCACCCAGCGCGCCUUCCAGUAGCCUGUACGCUACCGUAGACCAUGUCGCGGUCUCAUGGUCUUGGACCGUGGCCGAUUCGGUAAUCUCAAGUUUACUGUGGCAGUUUACCGAGCGUGACGGUCAGUCCAGAUACCGCUGUGAACUUUGAUAUCUUCCUCGGCCUUGGACCGCUCGGGCAGUCGCCGUACCCAUACCAGGAGGUAAACCAUACGAUAGACAGCCGCCACACGAGGUGCUUUCAAGGCAUAUUGUUGACAGUGUUAUGUGUACAGCGUGUCCGUGCGGUGUGUUUCAGCUGGGGACUGCAGCGAAGUUGCGCAAGCGGCGAGGGCGGGUCCAGGAUCGCUGACUCUGGUGACGGAUGCGCGUACAAGUACUUAGUACCAACGCACUCCGAGUUCGUUAUU